AAUCGAUUCAAAGCUGAUCAAGUGUAUUUGGAACUUAAAAGUAAGUUCCACCAAAAAUAAAGCACUUCUAUUGGAAAUCAGCUCACAAUGCUCUCUAAUAUGUGUCAAAGAUGUGGUCAGGAUGAAGAAACAACCAACCACAUGUUGUUUCAAUGCCCAGACAGCAAAGAAGUUUGGGAGCUAGCGCCACUUCAGGUGAUAACUUAACCAGAAAUACUUUGAACCAAAAUUUGCAGGCUAAGAAAUGGGCUAUUCCUAAUAUCAUAGGAAAAGCUAGCUGUUUCUGAUUUCAAAGUCUGGUGUGAAACUUUGAAUGAGGAGGAUGAUCAAAAUCUCCGACAUAUUCAUUGAUAGAUAGGCAGCAAAAUGAAACCCAGGCGGCCAGGCCAUAGCAAAAUCGUUUGAUGAAGUUAUUACAAAUACUAUUGGCCUUUUGUUGUUUCACAGAUGCCUCUUGGAUCUCCCCAACACAACACGAUGGAGCCUCUACAAUGAACAUGGGCAAAUGCUUGUAAGCGGGAGAUCAACUACUCGGCCCACCAACUCUGCACUAGAAGCUGAAGCUAAGGAUCUCAGAUGGGCAGUCUUACAACUAAAAAGACUUGGCUAUGAAGAAAUAUACAUUCUGUGGAGGCUCAUCUGAGUUGUACCAGACUAUGCAAAAGAUACAAAAGAGACAAGGAGAAACAGGUUGGAAGCAGUCGAACUUUUUAAUCAUUAUCAGCUAGCGAUAUUCAACAGCUUUGUAAAGAAUGUCACUUUUGUUAAGAUCUCUCGGAAAGCAAAUAUCGUCAUGGCUGACAAGUUAGCUAAAUAUGCUAGAACAAGAUCCCAGAAUAUGGUUGUAUCAUGGAACAAUGAUGUAUUUUGAUUUAUAUAUAUGAAGUUCAUUUGACGGGAAAAAAAAAAAUACUCGAUGCGAGUCAUAUAUAAUAAGAUUUGAAUUUUAGGAAUUAAUAUUCUUGUAAGUAUGGUUAUAACUAAUAUUUAUAUCUAUAUUUAUAUGUUUGGAUAUUUAUUUGAUUCUCGAUGCGAGUCAUGUUUGGUAUCAGUUUUACGAAUAUAGCAAUUGAGCUGGUCCAUUCGGGUUCAGGAUUCUAAUUUUUGGAUCAGUUUUCUGGAUGCUGAUAUUAUACGCAAUCCUAAUCUUUAUCUUGAUCGUCAUUGUUCUUUUUCUUCUUCUUAUUUUGUUUUUGAGAAAUCUGCAAAGAAAUAAAAUUUUGAUUAUGAAACAUAUAUGUUGAGAGUGUUUGUCGAUUAUGUGAGUGAAAAUUAUAUUCUCUUUGUUAAUCUCGCUAAAAUAAAAAUAUUUAGGAGUUCUUUUUAAUACAGUUGGAUAUUGUUUAACUUCUAGUUUGAAAUAUAAAUUCCAAUUUUUUUUUUUUUUGAACACAACAUACUUUCAUUCAAUCUCAACUCGUUCGGUUACAAUAAACAGAGGGAGUAAACCAUCAUCUUUGAUUAAAAUGAUAAACUACAAUCACAAAAACAGAUAAGUAGGAUAGUUCUUCAUGAGAAGAUGACAGCGAAUUCAAGACCAAGCUCAAAUGCGUCGAUAAAACCUUCAUGACCCCUUCACGACCGGAAAGCUGAGAAAUAGUCACAAGUGACGUUAACAUCCAAUCUUCACCUCGGAGAAUCGCCGAAACGAAACCCGUUGCAUCUUCAGGCCCCAAACGAACCGCUACGCAAGAUAGCAAAACGGAUAUAUAUAUGGAUGGACACUUCCAUUUAAUGUUUGGAAGGGAAACACUCCUUAACAAGGAGGUAGUGGUUUGCUUCUCCAAGGAGAAGGCUGCUAGUGAUGAUGAAGUCGAACUCGAUGAAUCCACCGGCAAAUGAGUGAAUAAUAAACUCUUCGCACAAGAGAGAUAAGACCAUAUUUGCACAUCUGUUUUGGUAAAGACCCCAAGGAGAUAAGAAAACUGACCUCUUCGGAAAGAUGACAGUACAGCCGUUGAAGUGCAGCGACGGGUGACUGGAUGGGAUAAAUUUGGUGAGUGGUGAGUCAUCGGCUCAGGCCUCAGACCAACAGAUGGAGAGAAGAGACACAGCGUAGGAAGAUAGCUAAAGCUUUUCCUAUUUUUCCUAUUUUGGUGCGGAGAUGGCGGCGGAUCUGGCUUGUGAGGCUCAACUUGGAGAGGAUGAAUGGCUUCAACCCCAACAAGGGGUGGGUAUUCGUCGAGGGGGAGGUGAGCAUAGCAGCACGAUGACGGUGAUGGAAAACGGGAACUGAAACCGGCGAGAAUCUCGACGGGUUGGGGAAUCCCCCAUGAAAAGUCAGAUCCGGUGGAACCAGAUCUGUAAUGAGACAACCAAGAUCUGCGACUCACAAGGACAAGCUUUCUACGGAGAGGAAACUUGGCGUGAGCAGAGAUAUUGACAGAGACGGAGAACCAGGUCGGAGGGCUAACGUGAACGGUGGAAACGAAACGGAAACGAGAAAGAUGAGAAGAGCUAAAACGGAGGACCCGACGCCGGCGGCCAGAGGGCUCACCGGCGUCGAGAGACGGCGGCUGCAAUCGAGUCUCGAUACUCGUGUCUGAGAGCUCUAGGGCGAACUCUCUUUAAUUUAUAAAUUCCAAUUUAUUUAUUGUGAACAAAAUACAACCAAGAUGACUAGGGAAAACUUUAUAAAAUAUUAAUAAGAAAAAUCAGUAUAAUUUUCCUUUUCUCACAAGAAAUCCCUUUUAUAUUCUCCGAGUUAGGAAUACAGAAAACCCUUAAUCUUAUUAUACAGCUAUAAAUACCAAUUCAACAUUGAUAGUUCAAACACCACACAGAGAGACGAAUCAAAACAAAAAUAUAAAAGCGUUCGACUAAUUUCCUCAAAUUAUGGAAAACGAUGGCAACCUUUUGCCACCCCUACUUGGCAUGUACGUGCGAAGUGUGAUGACUAGUUCCGAGAAAGUUGAGGUGGAGGAGUUUCUUUUCAUUAUAAAUAGUUGUCAUGAGCUCCCUAAGUUUGCGAGUCUGUUAACAUCAGAUUUAGAUCUUUUCAUCAAAAUUAUCAGAGACGACUUAGGCAUGAAUCGCUUCAGAAGAAUCUUCGGGAUAUCAGAUGAUGUCAAUACAAUUUUUUUCUACCCAAUCAUGAUGAAGUUCACUGAGAUUAUGACUCACGAAAGCGGCUAUGAUUUUGCGUCACACGUUCUAAGUGUUUGCAACAUACAUCACAAGAAACUAUUUUGUUCUAUCACAUUCCGUCAUGCGUUGGUCUUAGCGCGUGAUGACAAGGGUUGCAUCAUACUUAAGAAAGUCAUAACAAUAGCCGAUGAUUUCUACAAAGAUGAAUUUCUUGACCUAAUUACAGAUAAAGUUUACAAGCUGAGCAUGGACGAUUUAGGAAUCUCCCUUAUCGAACAUGUGCUUAAACUCGAUUUUACACGCAAAACCACAGAAAACGACAUGCGGUUGCACGUGUUAAUGGCUGAGUUUGAUGAGAAUCUCUCAACAUCAUCUUAUGAUCACCUCCACAAGCUUGUCGAGAAGCUAACGUCAGACCCUGAUCUAUUUGUCAAGUUCGUCAAGACAAGACGAGGCACGCUCAUGUUUCACAUAAUCCUAGGAAAAUCUGAAGAAACCGACACAGUUGUUUGGGCAGCAAUCAAGCAAAGGUUCACCGAUAUUACAACCGAUUUUCAAGGUGGUUUCAUCCUAUUACGAACCAUGUACGUUUUCAAGAAAAGAGGAAAUUUGAAAGUGUAUGAUAAAAUCCUACGCCAAAUAGGACUCCACGCUCUCUACCUAACCAAAGAUAUUGAUAUGGGAAACACCGUGAUACAACACGUGCUUAAUCUCUUCAACUACGAGUGUACGACAUUGAUCGCGAUUGGGCUUCAUUACCACUACAUUGAGCUUUCGUUUCUGAAACAUGGAAGCCAAGUUGUGGAGAAGCUUCUCGGUGGCGACGACAAGACGGUGUUGUUUUCUCUGCUUUUUAUCGUCAUAGAGAUUCUUAAGUGUGACAAAGAUACGUUGGUGAGAUUGGCGAAGGACGAAUACGGGAAUGGAGUCUUGAGGAAGACUUUGGAAAUUGCAAAACUUCAUAGGAAUGAUUUGUUUGGCGAUCUUGUUGAGAAGUUGAAGCCGUUUCUUGAUAGGUUGCGUGGGUCGUCUCUCGGAAAUAACAUUGCAGCUAUCAUCGACCCAGCGAUAGAAACAGUUAAGAAUCAGAUUGUUUCAGAGGGAAAUGCUUAAUUAGUGUUUUGUCAUGCAUGGCUUUUAGAUGUGAUUUUAUUUUAGAUUUUGUGCUUUUAUGUUCUGAGAUGGGUGUAAAAGGAUUGCUUGGCAGUCUACAUCAUAUAUGAAUUUUGGUUGUGUGA